CCUUCAAAGAUUUCUCUCAAAGACUUGCUACCGACAAGUGGCCAUGAUGCUGCUGCUGUCCCCUCUUCCUUGCAUAAUAACAAGCAAGGAGGGGCAAAGCGUUGCCAAGGAGACAGUUGCCGACCACAAGAAAGGCUCCCUUUGUUCUCGCUUUCUUUUCUAGCCAGACUGGAGCCUCAGCUGCUGGUUUUAGUUUGCUGACAUGCCUCUUUUGGAUCCAUCGGUGGUCAAGAGGCAAGGAAUUUGCCGCCGUCGACUCAUGGUCCUCGCUUUGAUCUCGUCCAAGGGCGGUCUUCGCUCUGCAGCCGCCUUUGUUGUGAGGUCGGGAAUCCGGAGAAAUCCACGUCCAGCAGCGUUUUUGGUGGGCAGUAGCCCGUGGCAUCCGGCGGAAUCUCCAGUCUCAUGGAUCCGACACCCUACCAAACCGUUUGGCGUUGCAAGCAGAGCCGUGAGCUCACUCCGUUGCCAGAGUUACGAUGAGGAAUUGGAAGAAGAUGCUGGCAUUCACGAGGAAGUCUAUGUGGAGGGCAUGCCUCUAAUCGGUUAUCCCCAAAACCCAGAAUCAGUGCUAGAAAGCACCAAGGCUGCCUUUGAAGUGACUGCUCCCUUUAUGCCUCAAGGAGAUCAACCCGCCGCCAUUGAGCAGUUAUUAAUGCAACUGGAAGAAAAGGACCAAUUCUCGACCCUGCAAGGCAUCACUGGGACGGGCAAAACCUUGGUCAUGUCACAUGUCAUUGCCAAGUAUGGACGACCCACGCUGGUCUUGUGCCACAACAAGACACUGGCUGCGCAGUUGGCACGAGAGCUGAGGGCCUUUCUAGGCAACAAUGCGGUCGAACUAUUUGUGAGCUAUUACAAUCAUUACAUACCCGAAAGUUUCAAUGAAGCCACCGGCAACUAUAACGCCAAGAAAAGCUCGAUCAACCACGACAUUGACAGCAUGCGCCAUAGAGCUACGAGAGCUCUUUUGAUCCGCAAUGAUGUCGUAAUUGUGGCCAGUGUUUCCUGUAUCUAUGGGUUGGGAUUGCCGGAAGAGUAUCUGGAUGCUUCCCGAACACUCACUGUUGGAGAUGCCGUGGGAUCGUCCUGGGAAGAUUUCACGGUGGUGUUGGCUGCCAUGCUCUACCAGCAUGCGCAAGAAGACAAUGAUUUUGGACGUGGAACGUAUCAAGUCGACGACUCUGGGAUCGAUCACUGCGAUAUAUCACUUUGGCCGCCGCAUGAGAGUUUCCCCCUUCGCAUUCGACUGGAACGAAGAAUGGAACAGGACGCGGCAGCUUCCAAUUCGCAUGGUGAUGGCGAUGAAAAGGAGGCGUGGUUUGUGCAAUCCAUAGAACAAGGCCAUGGAGCAGGGCACGACCCUGUCGAGUCAAUGGGCCUCUUUCCAGCCAAACAUCACGUCAUGUCGGAAGAGAGAGUCGAGGCGGCCUGUCUCAAGAUUGAAGAGGAAUGUGAGCAACGCGUCAAGGAGUUGACGGGAGAGGGCAAACAUGCCGAAGCCAAUCGCUUGCAAACUAGAGUCUUGAAUGACGUUCAAAUGAUGCGCGAAACUGGAUAUUGCUCUGGCGCGGAGAACUACAGCAGACACCUCGCUGGUCGACUGGCAGGACAGCCGCCCUCGACGUUGAUGGAUUAUCUCAGUCUGCAGAAUCGUCGUGAAUGGUUACUCAUGAUGGACGAGAGUCACGCCACGUUGCCCCAGCUUCGUGCAAUGUAUGGAGGCGACAGAGCUCGAAAGGAGCGGCUGGUCAAACAUGGAUACCGUCUUCCUUCCGCGCUCGACAACAGGCCUUUGAAAGAAUCCGAGUUUUGGGAGCGCGUGCAACAAACCGUAUUCAUUUCGGCAACACCAGGCCGCAAAGAGCUUGACCUUGGAGAUAGAGACCCUGUGGAAAUGGUAGUCCGGCCAACAUUUGUUUGUGAUCCUGUCAUUCAGGUGAAAGGCCGCGAUGGCCAGCUCAGCGAUCUCGUGGAAGAGGUCAAGCAACGAGCGCAACGUCAGGAACGAACUUUGGCAGUGGCAUUGACCAAACGGGAUGCUGAAGAUCUGUCUUCUUACUUGAAUGAACAAGGAGUGCCGAGUACCUUCAUACAUUGUGGACUCAAUACGCAAGAGAGAGCAGAUGCGUUGAAGUCUCUGCAAAGUGGUGAUGUUGAUGCUCUCGUUGGGGUGAAUCUGUUGCGUGAGGGGCUGGAUUUACCCCAAGUGUCUCUUGUGGCGAUCUUGAAUGCCGAUGCCGAGGGAUUCCUUCGAUCGGAAACAGCGCUGUUGCAGAUGGUUGGAAGGGCCGCAAGGAAUGUCCAGGGCACUGCCGUAUUCUACGCCAAUCGAAUGACGAAAAGCAUGCAGAAGUGUAUAGAUGCUACAAACUUGCGAAGGCAACGGCAGCUGGCUUACAAUCGUGAGAACGAUGUCAAAAUGGUUUCUACCACCGGUUCGUCGAUGCUUUCGAUCUUCGAUCUUCUGAAAGAUCAGAUUGCUGAAGAACAGCCUCUGGAGGUUGUUGGUCGGAAAACUUCCACUUCAAGCAACGUUCAAGGGAACACGGUAACGAGUACCAUUCGCCCUGACGGGACUGUUGCGAUGGGCAAGAAGACCGACAUCAAUACAAGUCACAUACCCUCGUCUCCUGGUGUGUAUUUUUGGAAGGACAAAGACGAUCGGAUACUCUACGUGGGGAAGGCGAAGCGCUUGCGUCAACGAUUGCGGUCGUAUCUGGCUCAAGGCGCGAAACACACCAAGAGAAUCAAUGUGAUGAUGGAAAAGGCGUGCAGUAUCGACUUCGUUCUCACUGGUUCCGACCGGGAUGCGCUUCUCUUGGAGUCAAAUCUCAUCAAGCAUCAUCAGCCAGCUUACAAUGUCCUUCUCAAAGACGACGAGACGUACCCGUACAUCUGUGCUUCCCUCGGCGACGUUUCCCCCCGUUUCUUUGUUGUACCCAGGCGUUAUGAAGCCAGCCAAUCGACCAAGAACUACAAGUACUUUGGCCCAUACGCACACUAUCGAGAGAUCAAUGCUGUCUUGGAGGGCAUAGAAUCAACAUACGACUUGCGAGCCAAAUCUUUCGUUGCCAGGCAUGGUUCGGGAGACAUCACUCGCGAAAAAUACAACGAAUUAUUUCAGCAAGCUUUGGACGAGAACUUUGGACCAAGUUCCUCGCAUUCCUCCAGCUUGGCGGCAAUGAGGACCGAAUUUGAAGAGGCUGGGAUUCUGUUUGACCCGACACUUACCUCCAGCCGUGAUGUCGUUGCCCUUGAAGGUAUACCUGGCUCAGCUGAGGAUGCCUUGGUGCACGUGGUGCAGUUCCGCAAUGGCAUAAUCGCUGGGCGAUUCUCGUAUCGGCUACAGUUGGCCUCCGGAAUCGACAACGAAGAUGACCGGGCAGCUGCUAUCUUGCACGUGCUGGAGAGAAAGCACUACCCAUCCGGUGGACAGUCCCCCGACGGGAGCUUCUCCUUCUUCCCUGAGGAGGUUCUCGUUCAAUAUCUCCCUAAGGACACCAAAGACUUGAAGCUGACGAUACGAGAGUGGCGUCGGAAAGUAGAACCCGAGCGCUCGGACAAGAUAGUUGUUCGUGACAUUGCGAAGAAAGGGAAACGGCAAGAGUCCGACGAGCGAGCUAUGCAGUUUGUCAUGGUCAAUGCGAAGCAGGUGGCCUUCGAGCGCUCGCUCGAAAUGGCAAAGAACGCGGUUAAAUCAUCGGUCGACGGAACAGCGUUGACCGAGUUGGCUGCCUUGCUUGAUCUUGAACACAUACCGCACCGUAUCGAAUGUUAUGACGUGAGCCACAGCCAAGGAGAGUUUGCUGUUGCAUCGAGAGUUGUCUUUGUAGAUGGCAGGCCAGUCCCAAGCUUGUACCGAAAGUUCAACAUCAAAUCGGUUGACGGACCUGAUGACUAUGCGAGCCUAGAAGAAACCCUUGCCAGGCGAUUCAAACAUGUGUGGGUGAACGGGCAUGGUGGUCUCGUUGAGGAAGACGACCCCUGGGCUUUGCCUGAUGUUGUACUCAUCGAUGGUGGCAAGGGGCAGCUCCACGCAGCAGCAAAGGGAAUGGCAAAGGCGCGGGUGUUCCCGGCUGAAGGAAAGAAGGAACAGUCGCCUCCAAACGGAUCAAAGCGAGGUGCCUCCGUGGCUUUAUGUUCUCUAGCAAAGAACCACGAGGAACUGUUUGUGUUUGGGGCCAAGGCGCCCGUGAACGAGGCGCCUGAUUCGCCUGCAUUGCUUCUGCUACGAGCACUGCGAGACGAGUCCCAUCGCUUCGCCCUGAGCGCACACAGAUCGAGAAGGUCGAUCCGCAAAGCUAUGAACGGAACUGCAGCCAUGACGCCAUGAGCCCCCAACCGCAAAGCUGAGCUCUGUCGAAGCUGUGGAGCCAACAGCAAGGCACCGUCGUCAAAGCUUAGGUUAGGAUACCUGUAAGCUAUUCAAUAUCUUUGUGUUGCCAUUCUACAGAAUAGGUUGAGAGUUGGGAGAACCUAGACGGAGCUGGUGAGAUUGCGGCUUUGCUAGUUUGCAUAUCUAGUGACUCGACUCCUCAAUCCUACAGGAUUCGAUUUGCGUCUGGCCUUCGUCCCAAACGUGCGCUACUCCUAGCUAGAAAAAAUAAAUAAGAACACGCACCGGUACCGCACAAAGUAGGUACGUACUCGCACGCUCUGUACCCACCCGUGCUUUUUGAUGGAAAGUAUCGCUGAAAGUUGAAGUGGUGAGAAUGCUUUUGGCUCUUCCUCCUUCGACUACCAGCGCUAGCUAGCUAGCUAAAGAUGAUGAAACGUUCAUGAGAGAAGAAGGAUGUGUAGUGACAACAAGAGUUAUCAGGUUAAAAGUAGAACAAAACUGUAUCAAAAUUGGGGAAUAGGGAAGCGUGUAAUCGUAGCCAUGUGUGGUUCAAAAAUGUAGAGGUGUUUCUCAGAGCUCCAAGUCGAAAAUAAGCUCAUCGUCCGCGUCGCUUUGAACGACUGCUGGAGUUUCUUGAUGAUAUCUCUCCGCAAAACUUUCUUGGUGAUAACCUCGGCUCAGAUGCUUGGGCGGAUACCUGGGCAGGGUGGCCAUUGCACUUCUCACGCUCAAUAUGGAGGUGAGGGAGUUCGCAGGAGGUAUCAUGGGCUGCUGCUUGGCAGGCCGAGAAGCUUGUAUACGAUCAAACAUCCUCCAAGUCGAGCUCUCGUAGUAUCGCUUCUGAUCUUCACUUGUCAGAGGUGACGGACUGAUGCCGUCUCCUCGUCUUGUCGUAGACACGCGGAUGGGAGGAGUCGAUGUAGGUGUUACCGGAGCCACCACCAUUGGUUUGGGCGAUAGUGCCACAAUUCCCACCCCUCUACUACUAGGGCGCGAAGCCAUGCUCGGUGUCGACACCAAUUGUGCUCUGGGUGCUUCCAUUCGGUUGGCCAUGGUGCAAACGUAGUUGUUGGACAAGGGAGAGCAAUGUAGCUACCGGUACGGCGGAGAGUGAAUACAAUUGUUGUAGUGCCUACUGACUAAUGAACCAUCAGCAACCAUCAAAGCAAGCUGUUCCGCACGCAAAUUUGAUUGAAGAUUCGAAUGCUAAUGCUAUGAUUCGAUUCAUUCAUCAGUCAGUGGCUGACAACGCGGUGACAUACAAAUUCUGAAUGCUGUCAGCGCGAAUCGAAUCCUGCUGCCUUUGAACCAGAGAGAAGAUUCCUUGGAAAACUCUCCAACAAAGCACGAAGAAGAACUGAAGGUCGCUGAAUGGUAAGGGCAUCAGGUUUUAAGUGUUUCCUAAUUGUUGAAGGCCUCGGGUAAGCCAGGAUUUAACAAUUUGUCUUCUAGGAUUCCAAAUCAAGCAAUCUACUGUAUCCUAAUAUUUCGUGCUUGGUCUUGGCCAUGGGUGAUCUCGUUUAUUCGCGGAUAGCCAGCCACCAGAGCUCACCAGCCACCUGGCCACCAAACGGUACCGGUACCAAGUAAGGCAUGCAUUGCGUAGGGGCUCUUAUGCUAUUUAACAAACACAUCAUCACUUUUUGACCACUGUUGAGACGCCUUUCCUGUCUGGAACUGUCGCAAGCCUCAAGUAGCUUCGCCUUUGGAGUGGUCAGUUUGAAGCCAAUUCCUUGUGCACGAAUGGAAGGAUCACAAAAAUGCUCCUCCUCAUUGGCUUCCGAAACUGCUUCCUCGAACAAAAUCGGAACCCCGCAGUACCAACUCCGUCUGAUUGCCCGUGCGUCGAGAGCAAGAAAGGAGUGGUGAGAGAUUGAAGUUAUGAGCCACACAAAGAUCGACUGGUACCGUAUCCAAGCUGCAACUAGCCAGCAGAGCGAUUGCAGAACAGCUUUCGGCGCUGUUCUCUACUAGUACAUAUUUUCGCAGGUUUUUGGCAGCAAAGGCUUUUCGCUACGAAGCUGUCGGCGAGAUCUAUCUCAACGUGGUGACAGAGUUGAUGUCUUGCUGGUCUGAAGAUGCAUGCUUGGUCUGGCAUUGGUGUAGCAGCUUCGUCGUACUUAUCACACAACUAUUCACUCCAAUGAGUAUUAUUGUUUGGAUGCUAAACCUACCUGGUAACAUUUCCACUCAACCCCUGCGGACUUGCCUGCUGAGUGAGCAAGAUGCCUCAAUUUACUAUUGCCAAGGAGGCAACUUGUCUCGCUUCUCUGUGCUAACUAGUAGCAGACAAAUCUACAUGUGCCACAGCUAGCUAGGGAUGCAUGCUAGCAAUCCCUGAAGUGUCACUGGAACCUUUUAUCUAUUCAAUGUUGCCUCUCAUCAUCUGUUUCUCAAAGCUCCAUCCCACCAAUACCCACCGGUACCGUCGGAACUGGGGUUUGCUGUCGAAGCUCGAGGGAAACAACCUGACUGGAGGCCUGCCUCACGAAUUGAGUGCUUUGGCCGGAAACGGAUCAAUUGUGGCAAUGGAUGCAUCUGGGAAUGCUCCUCUCUUGACAGGGACCGUGCCGCAUGCGACAAUACCAUUGUGCAUUGAUUAAUCUAACGAUCUAAGAGAUGUAAAGUUUGUAUUUCCAAAUAAGUG